AUGAAAUUCGAUUACAUCGUUUUAGUUCUUAUCAUUGCUAUUUUAAAUGUUUCCUUGAUAAUUGCCUCGCCUGCUGUCUUAGAAAAACGUAAUGUUUUAGAAAAACGAGUAUGUAUUUCAUUGAUUUGUCAUGUAUUGGAAUAA